CCUAGCAGCUGUCACUGUGCGCCACAGACACCACGCUCACGCCCAGCAACCAGCCGACCGCCAGCCGCCACCGUCCCACCUGUUUUCAUCUUGCUGAGACACAUCACCUGUUGAGCGUGGCUACGACUUGCCCCCACCAAGCAGCACACCAUCAAGCUCCACUUUCCCCAUCGCCGUGACAACACAGCCCCCCAGCCAUGAACCUAGAACCCCCCAAGCCUGAGGUGAAGUCCGCCACACGCGUCACCGGCGGCCCGGCCACACCCCGCAAGGGACCCCCCAAAUUCAAGCAGCGGCAGACCCGCCAGUUUAAGAGCAAACCCCCGAAGAAGGGGAUCCAAGGAUUUGGAGAUGACAUCCCUGGAAUGGAGGGAUUAGGCACUGACAUCACUGUGAUCUGUCCGUGGGAGGCCUUUAAUCACCUGGAGCUGCAUGAGCUGGCUCAGUAUGGCAUCAUCUGAGUCCUCCAGCUUCCCACAAUCCCCCUCCACCACACAUUUUCUGGAUGCAGCUAUAAGAGUACAAUGUGUACUUUACCCAACAAAACCAAGAACAGCAACCAUUAUAAAAACUAAAAGGAAAGAAAGUCUCCAAAAAAACCUUACUGUCCUGCUCUUCAUAAUUUCUCUCUGUUUCCAAAGUUCACAUCCACCUUUGCUAUUAAUAACCCCUCCCCAUAGUCAUUCUGUAGAGACCAGCCUGCCAAUAACUGUUCUCUCAUCUCUGCUGCUCUGCUCUUCU